AUGACUAUCGAUAACCCCACUAAAAAAGGUAUUAUGAUACACCAAAGAAUGUUAGAAAAGGCUGUUAAUAGGAUUGUAAAAAUAAGAAUUUCAAAUAAAAUUAAAAAGAUAAUUGUGACAAUGUUAAAACUUCCUGUCGCAUAUAAGAAUAAAGGUGGAAAAAUUGUAAAGAUUAAUGUGAAGAGUGUUGUGAAGAUUAUACUGGCUACCAUUUUUCUUGAUUCAUCUCUUGAAAUUAGCCAUGUUAUUAUAAUAGAUGCGAUUAUUGCCCAAUCGAAGGCUGAUACAACUAUUGUUAACUUGCUGAGACCAUCUAUCACAUAUGAGAAUAAAGGUGGAAAAAUUGAGGACAGCAGGACGGCUAAGAUCCGAGCGACAAUUGUUGUUAUUAAUUCAUCUUUUGUGAAUAUGUAA